AUGGUUGCCUUGGGAUGUGCCGUCGGAGCGUUUCGUGGAUGCAAGGCGACUCUCACCGUGCUUCGAGGGACAAGCAAAUUCAUUAUUGCAGUGGACAUUUCGCCGUCAGCUUUGGUACAGGAAACCGCAUCUCAAAUCACGGAGGCUGAAGCAGCCCUACCCGGAUUCCAAUCAGCCUCCGGAUCGUUCGUCUCCUUGCGGUUCAUUCAUUUUUCAAGGCGUGACUAUAGCGGAAGGGAGCCAUGA